CGUCUCAAGUACAAGUUCCACUUCAAUCACUGUCGAUCAAAUUAAACACCUACUACUUAAUUACCUUCAAUAUCAAAAAGUGAUCAUAUCAUGGGUAUUCGUUUGCUAUCUAUGAUUUCCGGUGUCAAGCAAUUCAACAAAUUGCACUCUAUUCUUACAAGGAAUCAAAUUUCAGAUGUUCCAAAAGGACAUUUUGCAGUUUAUGUGGGAGAAACAGAGAAGAAGCGAUACGUGGUUCCUAUUGCAUACUUAAAUCAGCCUUCGUUCCAAGAAUUGCUACGAAAAUCAGAGGAAGAAUUCGGGUUUCAUCAUCCGAUGGGUGGCCUCACAAUUCCCUGUAACGAGGAUGCUUUUUUUCAUGUCACUUCUCGAUUGAACCGGGCUUAAGUGAUUCUUCUUUUAAUUUUCUAUAAGUAUAAUAUUUUUUCCUCUUGCCAUGCAAGAGCUGUAAAUUUAUGGGCAAAGCCUUUCCACUGUCUCAUACUGUUGAGAGAAAUACUGGAAAGGAAAACAUACAAUCAAAUUUAUACCAUUCUUCAUUAUUGUCGUCAGAAAAGAUUUGAGUUUUAUAAGACUACCUUA